UAGUCCACACCCAAACAGAACGGCCAGCAAACCAAACAAACAUUUCCCGAGGAAAGCAGCGAAAUUCCUAUUGAAUUUCCCACCCAAGGAUGCAAAAAUCAUCCCACAUCGCACGCGAGGAUUCCCAGGAGCACCUGCCCACCAGCCAAACCCACACCGUGAACAUGAAGCGGCGCACAUUGUCCGGAAGCUGUGGCGUUGGCGUCUUCGUGUUUGCCUUUGCCUUCAUUGUGAUUGCAUUUGCAACGCCCAGUUGGUUGGUUAGCGAUUACCGCAUCACGGGUGCCAAGCUGGACCGCCUGGGAUUGUGGGUGCACUGCUUCCGCUCGCUGCCGGAUGUGAACGACGACAGCCAGAGGCGGUUCUUCGUGGGCUGCCGAUGGGUGUAUGACCCAUUUACCACGGGCUACGAUGAGAUCCGUGGAUUCCUGCUGCCCGCCUUCAUGAUAGCCACCCAGUUCUUCUACACCUUGGCCUUCAUCGGGAUGCUGCUGGCUGCCAUUGGAGUGCUCAUAUUCUUCCUUUGUGCCGGGCCGGAUCAGAAGCACUUCAUAACACUCAUCAGGUCGGUGGGCUAUGUGCUCCUUGGAGCCGGGGUAAGUGCAGCCAUUGCUGUGAUCGUAUUCGCUGGAUUUGGCAACCGCAAUGGCUGGAUGCCGGAGCAUGCGAACAACUGGUUUGGAUGGUCCUUCGUCCUGGCCUGUGUGGGCACUGUGUUCACCCUGGUGGCGGCCACUUUGUUCCUCAGCGAAGCCCACGUGCAGCACCGGAAGAGGAUUCAGUUCAAGGAAUCGCAGACGCGGUUCGAACUGGUGCGCGGAUAGUCGCAGUCGCAGCCACUGGCACACUUGCACCAAGGAAAACACAGCAACUACAAGCAAAUUAAGAGGAAAACAAAACAAAAACAUUCCGUCCCACAAGAAUUCUCACCCUAAGCAUUACAGUCGAACUUCUCAGACGAAACUUCCUAGGUAGACUUUUGUGCAUGCUAAAGUUUUAGGUAGUACAUGUGUGAUUUAGUACUGUGUUCGUUUAGUUUGUCCAAAACUUUGAAUUUCUAAGCUCAAAAGAAUUAGUAACUCACUUUAUUAGCCAAAGCAAGCUAGGAAAAGGUGGUCAAAUUAAUUUUAAAACCUAUCUUCACAAUUAUACCCCCGUUUAAUUGACUUUCUAUGCUUAAAUUUCUGAAUGUUUUAUGUCUCACACGUUUCUUCAUGUUCAAACAACCUAAAUUAAGCUGGUACCUAAAAGUCAUGGAAAGUGAAUCCAGAGUAGUUCGACUGUAAAUGUAGUUUUUAGUUAACCAAGUUUAUGCAAUUGACAGCCGCACCUCAUCACAAAGCUUUCAGUUUUUGGUACUUAUUAAUCAUCCAUCCAAUCGACCAGAUCAGUUCCAAACGAAGACUGAAUGUUUUUCCGAAUGAAAACCACUACUAAGCACAGCUACCAUCAGGCGAAGACGCUCAACCAAAUGACUCAUGUUCAUGUAGAGUAUUCUACAGUAUUUGCAUAUCAAUUUUCGCUCAAUUAACGCCAGAGACCACCACCCCCCUCAGCAAUUGUACCUAUUUAUAUUUUUUUGCAAAGUCGCAGGCUAGUCGAAACUAGCAACGAAAUAUUACACUCGUGCCUUAAUUAGAGAGAACUAUUUUGGUAUAGUUCAUAGUGCCUAAAAACAAGUUAUUAUACCUGAUCGACCGACCUGCGACGAGGCCCAAAAAACAUUGAAUUGCAUAAACUUCAGCUAAGCUAGUGCCUUAAUUAAGUGUCCCAGAGAGAGCUAAGCGAAUUAUCCGUCCAUUAUGUGUAAGCCAUAAACAUUCCCUUUUCUACUCGAAUAUUCCGCACAAGGAUACCUUCUUUUAAAGGUAGGCAGUAGGUCUGUGUUAGUAUUUGUCCAUCUUUUGCACAAAAUCUAUAUUUAUAACAUGCUCUAAACGGAGAGUUUAGCUCUGUAUCCAAGCAAUACAAACGUCUUUUACCCCAUAUACAAUAGAAUUUGUAACAUGUUUUAUGUACAAACGACUUUUAGCUAAAACGAAGAAUAAUAAAGUUUUUAUUGUAUACAACA